AUGCCAUCCGUCAAAGAAUGGGCCACAUCCUUCAAAUCAUCACGCAGAUCAUCCCUCGACCCAAGUCGCACCUCCCAAGUCUCCCUCUCAAACAUGGACGUCAACGACAGCGAGCGCACUCUCGUGAAUACACACACCCUCGAGGUGCAAGACCUGCAAACCUGCACGUCCGAACAAUCCCAAGAUCGUCGCUCAUCAGCCUCAUCCUCCUCCGACCAACCCAGCCAGGCAAAAGACACACGCUCCAUCGAAAGACGUGUAGAUUACUGUGUCGUCGAGGAUGACCGGUACGCCGUCCGUUUCGGCAACUACACUGGCGUUUGGGCGGGCGAUGCUGCUGACUCGGUACCCCAGACGAGGAGUCGGUACUUUGGCGAUCAUAUUCAUCAGCAGGCGUAUGGGAAUAAGCCUUGA